CCGAAAGCAGGCGAGCCCGGGCCGGCGCGGAGCCUUGUGGGAGGGCUUAAGGAAGUAAAAUGGCGGACCUGGCGAACGAAGAAAAGCCUGCCAUUGCUCCGCCUGUCUUUGUAUUUCAGAAGGAGAAAGGACAAAAGUCCUCUGCAGAGCAAAAAGACUUGUCUUCAGGAGAGGAGCCUCUGGGGGAGGCCGAGGCCCCCCGCCAUGGCACGGGUCCCCCCGAGUCAGCUGGUGAGCAUGCCCUAGAGCCUCCUGCCCCUGCUAGUGCUUCAGCCAGCACUUCUUCGCUUCCCGCUCCUGAAGCCCAGCUUCCUCCUUUUCCUCGAGAACUGGCAGGGAGAUCAGCAGGAAGCUCCAGCCCUGAAGGUGGAGAAGAUUCUGACCGAGAAGAUGGAAAUUACUGCCCUCCUGUCAAGCGAGAAAGAACGUCCUCUUUAACCCAAUUCCCACCUUCACAGUCAGUAUCAAAAAACAAUGUUUUUAUGCCAUCAAGCUUCUGCGAGCCAUCUGCAGGCAAUUCUGACUCAGAGCCAGAGGAAAAGAGCAGCGGGUUCCGGUUGAAGCCGCCAACACUGAUCCAUGGCCAGGCACCCAGCGCAGGUCUGCCGAGCCAGAAGCCUAAGGAACAGCAGCGGAGCGUGCUUCGCCCGGCAGUGUUACAAGCUCCUCAGCCAAAGGCACUCUCCCAGACUGUCCCAAGCAGCGGCACCAACGGGAUCACUGUCCCAGCGGACUGCACAGGGACCACAGCGUCGACAUCGCCCGACAACUCCGCUCGGACAAGCCCCUCUGCCGAGGCCCAGGCCCUGGAGGAGAAGGAACCCCAGAAAAAUGAAUCUAGCAAUACUUCUGAGGAGGAAAACUGUGAGAAAAAAGAGCAAGUCGCACAGCAAGCAUUUGUGUUUGGGCAGAACUUGAGGGACAGAGUCAAGUUGAUAAACGAGAACACUGAAGUAGCUGACAUGGAGAAUGCUGGACACCCCAGUUUAGAAGCACCAACCGCAACCAACUACUUCCUUCAGUACAUCAGCUCCAGUUUAGAGAACUCGACCAAUAGUGCUGAUACCUCCAGCAACAAAUUUGUAUUUGGCCAGAAUAUGAGCGAACGUGUGCUGAGCCCACCAAAAUUAAAUGAGGUCAGCUCGGAAGCCAACAGGGAAAAUGCAGCUGCUGAGUCUGGGUCCGAAUCCUCAUCCCAAGAGGCCACCCCUGAGAAAGCUAAUAACAUUUCAGAGUCCCUGGUCGAGUCGGCAGCCGCCUACACCAAGGCAACAGCACGGAAGUGUUUGUUGGAAAAAGUGGAGGUCAUCACCGGGGAGGAGGCAGAGAGCAACGUUUUACAGAUCCAGUGCAAGCUGUUUGUCUUUGACAAGACCUCGCAGUCCUGGGUGGAGAGAGGCCGGGGGCUGCUCAGACUCAACGACAUGGCCUCAGCUGAUGACGGGACGUUACAGUCCCGACUAGUGAUGAGAACCCAGGGUAGCUUACGGCUGAUCCUCAACACCAAGCUCUGGGCCCAGAUGCAGAUCGACAAGGCCAGUGAGAAGAGCAUCCGCAUCACAGCCAUGGACACCGAGGACCAGGGUGUGAAGGUCUUCCUCAUCUCGGCCAGCUCCAAGGACACGGGCCAGCUGUACGCAGCCCUGCACCACCGCAUCCUGGCGCUGCGCAGCCGUGUGGAGCAGGAGCAGGAGGCCAAGACACCGGCCCCCGAGCCGGGGACAGCUCCUUCCAAUGAGGAGGACGACAGUGACGAUGACGACGUCCUGGCUCCAUCGGGAGCCACUGGAGGCGGCACCGGAGACGAAGGGGAUGGGCAGACAGCCGGGAGCACAUAGCGCCGGGAGCCGCUGCCCGCGAGCCUGCUGCUCUGUCCGUCUGUCCGCCCGCCCGCCCGCCCGCCUCGCCCCUCCGCAGCACCGAGGUGCGGAGCUCGGGAACCACACUCCCCGUUGGGUUGGCCACAGUUCGGAUCCGCACGGCCCGUUCAGAAGCAGACUCGGGAACUGCCUGAAUGUGGUUUGGGACACGAGACCUCAUCAUAUUGAUGAGCAAAACAAGAACAUUUCCCCCUCCCCUCCUUUGAAUUGAAAUGGCACAUUAAGACUUGUCACGGCUUCUCA